AUGCUUAGAAAACCCUCUAAUACAGAAAGAAUGAAAAGAAGUGCAGAGAUAGCUCGUCUCAAAGAAAAUUAUCCACAAAACUUAGUUCAAUUUCAUAAAAUAGGAGUAAAACUUCAAAAUGCACAAGAAGAAAAAAAUGAAGUUGUUGUUGAACCUGAUGUACAUCUUCAAAUUGAUGGUAAAGAGUAUCUUGUUUUUUUCAAUAACCAUUUCAGUGAUGUACAUAAGGUUUUAAAUCAAUGGUUAGAAAAUGAACUAUCAGAACAUUGGUUUAUUAUCCCUGAUAUCCUUAAAAGUGACAUUAGAAGAAUUACACAGAGAGGAGAACCAAGUACAGUAAAAAGACUAUUGACAACUUUAAUUCCAAUUUAUGGACAAUAUCAAGGGUAUCGUUGUGGGUGUAAUUUUUUAGCAACAAUAUUAUCUUCAGAAUCAUCAGAAGAUAAUAAUAGAAUACGUCAGUUGGCAUACCAUGUAUAUAAAACUAAAGAAUUAAUUGAAAAAUAUGGAAGCGAAAUACAAUCAGGUAAAAUAUGUGCUAUAUUUAUUGAAAAGAAUUUUAAUGGGAAGAGUGAAUAUAUAAUAAGUUGUGAUGAUCAGUUAUACCAAAAAUUAGAAUCAAAAUUAUUUGAAAUAAUGUCGUCUUAUGACAAAAAAAUAGAUGAAAAAUUUAAUACAUUAACUAAAUUUUUGUGUGGGUGUGAAAAACAUAUUCAACCAACAUUAAAUGAAUGGAGAAGAACGCAGUUUUGUUUUGUAAUUAACAGAGUGAAUUAUUUUCUUACAAGAGAAGAAGAACUUUUAAGUGAUAAGAAACGGUAUGAAGAAUUAGAAGCAAUGACAAAUCUUAGAAGUAGAUUGAAUCAAUUUGCAAUUAAAUAUAAAUAUUUGUAUUUAACAAAUGAAGAAACUAUUCUUAAAAUUACAAUGAGUCGAUGUAAAAUUCUUGUAAAAAACACAAAACGUACUACAAUAUUUAUUGAAAGUCCAAAUGUUAGUAAAUUUUAUAAAAAGAUUAAAAAAAAGUUAAAAGCAGAACAACAGAUUCUUACAAACAAAUAUUCAGACAAUGAAUUCACAACAGAAAAGACCAUAGAAACAGCAGAGGGUUUAAACCCAGAUAAAAAUCAAGAACUAAUAGAUGAACUGAACAAAGAAAUAAGUGAAUUAAAUAACAAACAAAAAAAGUUAUGGGGAGAUGCAGCAACUGAAGUUGGUAAAGUAGUAAUACAGAAAGUAGAAGAUGUAUCAGAUGUUGCUGUUUUAUUUCCUAACAUUUAUUCAUUAAUACAGCAAUUUAACAUAAAAGAUAUAAUCGAUUAUUUAACACAAAAUAAAAUAACAAAUGGCCAAAAUAAUACACCACUUGGAAUAGCAAUAAAAGCUGCCAAUCUUACUCCAGAACAAGUAGAUAAACUCCAUUCAUCAUUUAAUAAUAUUGUUGAUGCACAAAAAAUAACAGAUGAAAUUAAAUCAUGUCAGACAAAAUUAAGUGUAAUGAAAAAAGUUCAAGAAUUAUCAAAUGAUUUUAUCAACUUACUCAAACUUAAACUAGCAUUACUUGAAGAAUUGCCAUUUGGUGAGAUUGAUAUUAAUGAAUAUUUAGGAAUUAUUGUUACAGAAGAUAAUGAACAUGUUGUUAAUCCAGGAACUAGUUCUGAACGUAAAACUAAUUAUAAAAAAUAUGAAAUAGAAAAAGUAUUGAAUUAUAAUGAAGAAUAUGAAGAAUAUUAA